CUAUUCCUUCUUCUACAUACAACCAUAACUCCUCCAACUCCAACUCACAUAAUAAUAAUUUAAUUCAUAACUAUUCAUUCAUGUGUCCCUUCCAUGUUGAGUAGUGUGUGACUGAUCAAUCACACACACCACAUGACUCUCUCUCUCUCUCACUCUUCCUAAUUACUCAUACUAAAUAAAUACUUCUAAUUUCCAUUCUCUUCUCUUCCCCCUCUCUCUCUCUAUCUCAUCAUUCCUUUUUUUUCUCUCUCUCUCAUCCGUUUCUUUCCAAUCCAUGAUUGCAUCUCGCCGCCAAAUCCUUCCUCCGCCGUCAACUUCCGAUCUCCGGUGACCGGAAAACACUCCAUCCCGUGUUUCUUCCAUCUGAUUUAUUCAAUCUUAUGAUGGGAAGCCUCAACAACAGCGUUGAUACGGUGAACGCUGCCGCCACCGCCAUCGCCUCCGCCGAAUCCAGAGUCCAACCCGCCGCCGUACCGAAAAAACGCUGGGGAAGCUUCCUGAGCCUGUCUUCGUGCUUCGGAUCUCAGAAAAGCAGCAAGCGAAUCGGCCAUGCUGUCCUUGUUCCUGAACCUCUUGCACCAGCCGGUCCAGCUGCUGCUACUGCCGCACAAAAUCCUUCAACUUCCAUUCUAAUGCCUUUCAUUGCUCCUCCUUCUUCUCCUGCAUCUUUUCUCCAGUCUGAUCCUCCCUCCGCUACUCACUCACCGGCUGGAUUACUGUCACUCACUUCUCUCGCUGCCAAUGCAUACUCUUCUGGUGGUUCUUCUUCCAUUUUCACCAUAGGUCCAUAUGCCUAUGAGACUCAGUUAGUUUCACCACCUGUAUUUUCCAACUUCACAACUGAACCAUCAACUGCUUCUUUUACUCCCCCACCUGAAUCUGUGCAGCUGACAACACCUUCAUCACCUGAGGUUCCCUUUGCUCAAUUGCUGGCAUCUUCGCUGGACCGGGCUCGUAAAAGUAACGGAUCACAGAAGUUUGCAUUGUACAAUUAUGAAUUUCAACCUUAUCAACAAUAUCCUGGAAGCCCUGGUGGCCAACUCAUAUCACCUGGAUCUGCCUUUUCGACUUCUGGUACUUCUACCCCUUUCCCUGAUAGACGCCCAACUCGAAAAUGGAGUUCAAGGAUGGGAUCUGGAUCUUUGACACCAGAAAGUGCAGGGCAAGGUUCAAGACUAGGUUCAGGAUCUUUGACACCUAAUGGUGUUGGACUUGCUUCAAGGUUAGGUUCUGGGUGUGUGACACCUGAUGGUUUGGGGCAGGACUCAAGAUUGGGUUCGGGAUCUUUGACGCCUGAUGGUGCUGGACCAUCCUCUCAAGACAGGAUCAGUGUGCAAAACCAGUUUUCUGGGGAAGCAUCACUUGCAAACACAGAGAAUGGAAUUCAAAGCAAUUCAACAUUAGUCGACCACAGAGUUUCAUUUGAAUUAACUGGUGAAGAUGUUGCGCGAUGUCUUGCAAAUAAAACAGGUAUACUGCUUCGAAACAUAUCAAGAUCUUCCCAGGGUAUACUGGCCAAAGACCCUAUUGAAAGAGAUAACAUACAAAGAGACUCUAGUAGUUGUUGUGAUGUAUGUUCAGGGGAAACUAAUGAUAAGCAGUGCUGUCAGAAGCAUCACUCUGUUAAUAGUUCUUCCAAAGAAUUCAAUUUUGACAGCAGAAAAGGCGAUGUUUCCGGCACUGCUGCAAAUAGCUCUGAGUGGUGGGCUAACAAGAAGGUUGUUGGGAAGGAAAGUAAAUCAGCCAACAGUUGGGCUUUUUUCCCAAUGCUACAACCAGAAAUCAGCUGAGGAUAUAGUUCAUUGCAACAUGACUUAUAACCUGUAUGGUUUUAGGCAAAAAGAUUUUCCGUUUCUUUGCAGAAUCUUUAGGAGCAUACUGAAUGAAUAUGUGAAAUUAUUUUGAAUGCAGUAAAUGGAUGAUUGAGUGACACUCAGUUGAUAGUCCCUUAGGAUCGUACAAGGUAGAAUGCAAGAGGAGCAUAGUUGGUAUAGGUAGGGACCUAUAGAGUGGGUUUUAAAUUCUGUGGAACAUUACUUCUGGCAUUUCAUGUUUCAAUUAUACAGAUAGCAAAAGUACAGGUAUUUGGUGUUGUGGAUUAUUGUAUCAUUUCCUUUGCAAUAAUGAAAAAUAGUAUCUUUUUCAA